AAGUCUACUCUCUCUGGAUUCUCCUUGAGGGAUAUCCUCAACCAACUCUACUGGACGACAUUACCUUCAAUCUCAAAAGAGAUGCCAAUUUAUCAGAUCUUGCACCCCAACUUGUCAACCGAUUCAGCGAACUGGCCCAAAAGAACAAUCUGGACUUGGAGUUCUUUAACUUCGAUGCCCGCACCGAGAGUCUUCUUCUCGAUACUACGCUUAAGGCUGUGGAGCAGGACACGUCAGCUGGAAAGCCACUUGUCGUGCGCUAUCCACUGACGGAUAACACUAUCGUGGUCAAAGUCAGAUUGCUUAGUACUCCAGCGGAAAUUUGCCUUCCCCACACGACUGGAGUCUGGUACAUGCUUCUUAUUAAAACCAAACAGAAGUACAAGCGUCUGCAAGAGGACGGGAAUGCGUUAUACUUUGUCGAUCAGGAAACAAAAAAGAAAACCAUCGACGAAGAGUUCAUAUUCACUGACCUGAUGAAAAAGACUAAUCCGAAUUGCUGCAAAAAACCGUAUGCUGAAUGGACACCUAAAGAUGUGCUCAAGGAAAUUUUGCACGACCAAUAUUCAGCAAUUGAAGCAAUUCCUGAGCUCGAUAUAGAUGCAACCUUCGGAACCGAUACUGUGCUCAACGGGCAAGAACUGAGACGCUUCAUCGACAACCUCGAAAGAAUUGCAUCAGCAUUUCAUUACGAAGUUUCGUCAAACGAAGCUACGGCACGUAAUUAUAUUAACCCUUUUAUGGUCGAUGCAGUUGCAAAAGUUAGGUCGAAAUAUCCAUCGACGCGGCUGGUUGUUGAAGUAGAUUUCGACGGCAGUCGUGGCUAUGGCCUCCUGGACUAUGUUAUCUAUUGCCGAGAUCUCGCAAUUCUGAUUUCGGAAGCCAAAAUGUUUGAAAUCCAGAAAGGAAUAGCACAAAUCCUUGUGCAGCUUCAUACCGCGGCGGAGAAACGUAAACGUAAACUCGACGAGUCAAUCACUGACCCCCCAAUAAUUUGCGGCAUCGUGUCAACUGGAAAUGAAUGGCGAUUCAUCCUUUGGUCCGGUUUACCAGAGAACCCUACCAUAAAGAUUUCCAAGCCGUAUGUCUGUGCAUUCGGAGGAGACAUGCGUGAGGCGAAGGAAGUGAUUUCCAUCAUUGUCCGCAUCCUCCAAUCGCAAGCCAGUGUGUUGGCACCACAGGAUGAAGUGAAAGAUGAAGUGAAAGCUGAGGGAAUUGAUGACGAAAAAUGA